AUGAAAUCCAUUUUAACAUAAGCUUCGAAAAUUCCAAAAUAUUAUGCUGAUUUUAAUACUCAUUAGCCUAAGCAUUAUUGGGAUUAUGAAAAUUAUAAGACUUAAUUUGGGUAUAUAUGAGGUUAAUUCAGACAUCAAGAUGACUAUGAAAUAUAUGAAAAGAUAGGUUAAGGAAGAUAUUCAGAAGUAUUUAAAGGAGUUUCAAUUAGAACUCAUUAAAAUGUCAUUAUCAAAGUUUUAAAGCCAAAUGUACCAGAGAAAAUAAAUAGAGAAAUAUUGAUUCUUAAAAAUUUAUAGAGUCAUCCAUUAAUAACUGAAUUAGUAGAUGUUGUAUAAGAUUAUAGCAGUUUAAGAUAAUCUCUAAUUUUUAAACAAGAAAAUUGUAUUAAUUUGAAAGAUAUUCGUUAUUAUGAAUCAUUAAAACCAAUAAAAUUUUUAAUAAAAAGUGUUCUAGAAGCUUUAGAUUAUUGUCAUUCAAUAGGAAUAUUCCAUCGGGAUAUUAAACCUCAUAAUAUAUUAACAAAUACUUAAUUUUCUUGUAAAAAUCAUAAAUUAAAAUUAGGUUUUAAAUUAUUGGAUUGGGGAUUGGCAGAAUUUUAUCAUCCUAAUAAAGAAUAUAAUACAAGAGUUGCAUCAAGAUAUUUUAAAUCUCCAGAGAUUUUACUUGAUUUUAGAUAAUAUCAUCAUUCAAUAGAUUCUUGGGGAGUUGGUUGUUUAAUGGCUGGUAUGAUAUUUUAAAAAGAACCAUUUUUUGCAGGUAUUAGCAAUGAUGAUCAAUUAUUAAAGAUUAUUAAUAUAUUAGGGUCUGAUGUUUUAUAUACAUAUUUGAAUAAAUGGAAAAUCAAUAUACCUACAAGGUAUAAGAGUAUCCCAUAUUCAUCUUAAAAGAGAUUUGAAUUAUUUAUUACUAAAGAGAAUGAAAACCUUUGUACACCUGAAGCAAUUGAUUUGUUGAAACAAUUACUCAUUUUUGAUCAUUCAGAUAGAAUAUUGCCUAAAGAUGCUCUAUAGCAUCCAUUUUUUCAAUGAUUC